AUGGCUCCCCUAAAAUUCCAUCUGCGUCGUGCACUUCAAUCGCUGGGUUCUCUCUGCUCCCAUCCCAAGAAGAUCGUCACCGAAGAAACUCCCGAAGAAGAAAGUCACGAGGAAAGUUUGAAGAUGGUUUGCGGAGCGUUCUACAUUCCUAAAGACGAUCCACUCAAUCCUCGAGGCGAUGACGCUUACUUCGUUUCCAAGGAGAAGCAGGCAAUCGGCGUGGCCGAUGGCGUCGGCAGUUGGGCUGCUGCGAGGGGUGUGGACGCCGGCGAGUACGCGCGAGAACUCAUGAUCAACGCUUCUGCGGCGGUCCAUCAGCAGCCCGAUGGAGUCGCAGAUGUAAAAAGUGUUUUAAACAAAGCUUUCUUGAAUACCAACGCCAAAGGCUCAUCCACAGCCUGCAUUGGAAUGCUCGGUAACGACAAUAUCUUGCGUUUUGUAAAUGUGGGACACUGUGGGUUUAUGAUUUUCAGGGCCAAUACGGUUGCGUAUCAAUCCCCCAUACAACAACAUUCCUUCAACAGCAAGGGAUGUGAUCGGCCAUAUUCAGGUGUAGAGACAAGCGUGGCGGUUGUCGCAGGAGACAUCGUAGUUCUUGGCACCGACGGGCUUUCCGACAAUGUGAACCCGGCAGACAUCGAAGAUGUCCUAAAUCGGGAAACUUUAGAAGGUGUGAACCCAAUGGAGUUGGCUUUGAGUAUUGCAAACUUGGCGUGGAGUAACUCGCUGGACAGAACCAGAGACCGCCCUUUCGCAACUGCGACUCUGUCGGUAGGGCCGAGGCAUGUCGAGAGAAGGAUCGAUGACAUUACGGUUGUCGUUGCGCACAUUGUACCACAAAAUUGCAUGCAAUAUAUAUAG